AUGGCAAACUAUCCGUCAGAUUUCGUGCGUACCGACGUUCCUACUCGUCAAUCCUCGACCCACACCGUGUUUUCGCGCGAAAUUUGCGUGUAUUUCGAUGAAGAAAACGCAGACCUUUACAAGCCUCUUUCAGAGGUGGACCCAGUCGUCCAAAACAUCAUCGACAAGGAGACAUGGCGUCAGUUCAGCGGAUUGGAACUCAUUGCUUCAGAGAACUUGACCAGUCUCGCUGCCAUGCAAGCUAAUGGCUCGAUUCUCACCAACAAGUACUCGGAAGGUCUUCCUGGGGCCCGGUACUAUGGUGGAAACGAGUACGUUGACGAGCUCGAGAACCUCUGUCGCGAGCGAGCCCUCAAGGCAUUUAACCUUGAUCCCAAUGUCUGGGGCGUCAAUGUGCAGCCAUACUCUGGCAGUACCGCAAACUUUGCUGCUCUGACGGCUCUCAUCCAACCGCAAGACCGUCUGAUGGGUCUUGGUCUCCCUGACGGAGGCCACUUGACACACGGUUACUAUACAGCAAAGAAGAAGAUUACCGCCUCGGCCAUCUACUUCCAGUCGCUUCCAUACGCACUCGACGCCUCGACCCACUUGAUUGACUAUCCCAGCUUGGAGAAGACGGCAAAGACCUUCAAGCCUCGUCUGAUCAUCUGCGGUGCAUCUGCUUAUCCCCGUGACUGGGACUACAAGUACCUUCGCAAGAUUGCAGAUAGCGAGCAGGCGUGGCUCAUGUGCGACAUGGCACACACAUCGGGACUUAUCGCCGCUGGUGAACUCGCGAGUCCAUUCGAGUCCUGCCACGUCGUGACCACCACUACCCACAAGACUCUCCGCGGCCCUCGUGCUGGUCUUAUCUUCUUCCGCAAGGACGUCGAGGGUGCCAAGGACCUUGAGAAGCGUGUCAACGAUGCCGUCUUCCCUGCUUGCCAAGGUGGUCCGCACAAUAACACCAUUGCCGCCAUCGCGACCUCGCUCCUCCAGGUUGCCUCUCCGACAUGGAAAGCGUACGCCAAGCAGGUCAUCGUCAACGCUCGCACUCUCGCCGAGGUGCUUGUCGGAUACGGAUACAAGCUCCAGACUCAGGGUACCGACAAUCACCUCGUUCUUUGGGACCUUCGCCCAGUCGGCUUGACAGGAUCAAAGGUCGAGAAGAUUUGCGACUAUGUUGGCAUCACUAUCAACAAAAACGCCGUCUCUGGCGAUACCUCUGCUGCCGUUCCAGGUGGUAUCCGUCUCGGCACGUCCGCCUUGACCUCGCGCUCCAUGAAGGAGGAGGACAUUAGGGUCGUCGGCGAAUUCCUUCACCGCGCCGUUCAGCUUGCAUUGAAGCUGCAAAAGGAGGCAGGCUCAAAGCUCAUCAAGGACUUUGAGCGCGUCGCGCUGACUGGCGACGGCGAAGGUGCACGCGAAGUCAAGGUUCUCCGCAAGGAGGUCCGUGCCUUUGCCAAAAAGUGGCCUCUUCCCGGUAUCGACGUCUCGUCAUUGACGAAGCCAGAGGGCUUUGAGGGAGACGAUUGA